AUGUCAAUGUUCAUGUCACUACCCGCCUACGCGGAAGCUCCUCCUCGCAGACGCUACUCGGGUACCAGCAGUGCCUCUGCUAACCCUGAUGAGGACUGGACCCAGAUCUCUGACCUUGCAGAGCGCCGACGGAUACAGAAUCGCAUUGCUCAGCGCAACUACCGCAAGAAGCUCAAGCGACGUCUCGAGGACCUCGAGCGCCGUGCUGGCUCUUCUGAUGAUGCCGAGUCCGAUAAGCAGCCCCAGAAGACCACCAAGUCGAAGCGAUCUUCCUCGUCCUCCAAGUCCCAAAAGUCGCAGCCCGCCACCCCGGCCAAGCCUGUCAUCUCUCAGGGCCAGUUCAUUCCCCCCAGGGAGCCGACUGACGAUCUCUUCUUCCCUGGCACCUACGACGACCGGGCCCGGUCCAACAGCCCUUCCCAGUUCACAUACUCGACUUACCCGGCUCCCGAUGAGAUCCUCCUCGCUCCCUACGUCUCCACUCAGCCCUACCUGACCAUGACUACCGCUGACGCCUACCCCAACUACCUGAAUGCUUCCACCGUGCCCAUGAUGCUUCCCUCGAUGACACAUUUUAGCGACGUCAUCAAGCGGGAGUCGUACCCCAGCGAUGACGGGCUGUCCCCUUACAUGACUUACGGCUACAUGCCGCCCAUGGACUUCAACGCUCCCAGCCCCUACGACCAGUCCAACCCUCAUGGUUCGCAGACUCCUUCACUCUCGCACUCUUGGGACCACUCGGCCAACUACUCAGAGGCCGGAUAG